AUGUCGAAAGAAACAGCGUCUAUGAGAGAAAUACAACACAACCGACAACUCAUUAUGCAAGCUCUAAAUAAGAACACAACAAACUUUUCAAACUAUUCUAAGAUAUCUGAGUCAUUGAAAGAAGGAAACUUAAAACUGACGAUAAACCCAAUGACAGACGAGUUUCUGUUUCAAGACAGUAAGAACCAUACUGUUUGUAUAAAUCCAACAAAAAGAACUUUAAACGAGAAACCUAUAGAUGAACUUCUUUUGAAGGCAGAUAUUGACAACAAAGCUGACAAAGAGUAUGUCAUUGAAAAAGUUCAAGAAGAACAUGACAGAGCAGAUGCAACAUAUGCAACGAAAGAACAUACUCAUCCUGAACUAGCAGAUAAAACAUAUGUUGACAAUAAAAUGUCAAGUGAAGUGACAAGAGCUGACAAAGAAUAUUCUAAAAAGACUCAUACACAUACCAUUGCAAAUAUUACAAACUUACAAGAAACCUUAAACAGGAAAAGUGACGUUGGACAUACACACGAUUUCUUCGCAACUGUUGGUAUAGAAAAUAUUGCAGGAACGGUUGAAGAACCUGAUGGAACUGGUGGGGAUGUAUUAAAUUGGAAACCUCCUAACUUUCCACAAGGUUUAACAUCGGAGGAUGACAUAACAACGAUGAAAGACAUUAAAUGUAGAAAUGUCUAUGUCAUGGAGGAUGAAAACAAAGUUAAAUUCACUGCUCAAGAUUUAUAUGAUAAAAAAGCUGACAAAACAUAUGUUAACGAUGAGUUAGAUAAAAAAGCUGACAAAACAUAUGUUAACGAUGAGUUAGAUAAAAAAGCUGACAAAACAGAGCUUCAAACGUUAAAGACAGAAAUACUUCAAACACUAUAUCCUAUAGGCUCUAUUUAUACGUCAAUGAACUCUACCAGACCAGAAGUAGUACUUGGUUUUGGAACUUGGACUCAAAUAGUCGACAGG